AUGCCUCAGGAUAUGCCCCCAACGGGGGGGCUACGCCCAAGUCCACGUAACCUCCCUGCUCGUGGCUUCAAGCCUUGGGUUUACAUGGUUGGAAUGCACGCGAUCAUGGCCUACGGUUUCUACAGAUACUUCGGCGGAGUCCGUGAGCAACGUGAGCUUUCUCGCGAGAAGAUGUGGGCCCGUUUGUACCUCACUCCCCUCCUCCAGGCCGAGGAGGACCGUGACCAGGUCCGUCGCUACUACGCCGACAAGGAGCGCGCCAACCAGCUCCUCGGUAGCGAUGAGAAGGUUUACAACUCUGAUCGCUUCAUCCGCCCUACUUUCGCCUAUACCCCUGGUCAACUGACCCAAUAA